AUGGUGGAGUGCCGGCAUAUCCACACUUUGGGGAAAGUCCUGCAUCUCAGGGUUAAAAACAGUAAAGUAUUUUCAUUGGUUCAAAUGCUGUUUCUUUUCAUUUCAGAGCAACUUCAGAAAAGCAAAUCCAAAACCAGAUUCAUACGAUACCAGUCAUGGAACACAAAAAUGUACCCAGUUUGGAAGAAUGGAGACCCGCGUUACAGGAGCAGCUGGACAGGUGGAGAGGUGAAAUUUGAUGUUCAUAAUGAUUCCCCAACUCUCACUGGCGCGAAAGUCACCUUCGCUAUUGACAUAAUUCUCCCAGACAGCCAGCUGGUGCUGCCUAAUGGAAAGGUUGUUUGGGGGAAAAACUGCUUGGUAAAUGGUACCCAGCAUCAUGAAGGUGAGCCCAUCUACCCUCAGGAAUCCAUUGAUGAGCAGGAUGCUGUUUUUCCUGAUGGCUCUCCACUUAACAAGCAUGAAGAUCAAAAACCACCUUAUGUGUUUGUAUGGAAAACCUGCGGAAAGUACUGGCAGGUGUGUGAUGGUCCAUCAUCUUCCCUGACCAUCAGCACUGAAGAUAUCCCUCUUGGCUCCUAUGUAAUGGAUGUGGUUAUUUAUCACUACAGAAAGAGAGACAAAUUCAUCCCAAUUGGCUAUGCUUCCACACAGUUCUGUAUAACUGACCAGAUCCCGUUUGCUGUCACUCUCACACAAGUGAAUGAUAAAGAUGAAGGGGACCUGACAUUUAUCCAAAACCGUGCCAUUGCCUUUGCCAUUGUUGUCCAUGACCCCAGUUCCUACCUGGCCAACUCUGACAUCACCUUUAAUUGGGAUUUUGGGGAUGGCAGUGGCACUGUGAUUUCAAGAGAACUCACUAUCACCCACACGUACACCAAGACUGGCUUCUUCAAACCCCAUGUUGUCGUCCAGGCUGCCAUUCCAAAUCCAUCCUGUUCAACUCCUUCAAAUAUACCUCCAGUCACUAACCCCACUGCUGAUGCCUUUAUCUCUGCAGAGCAUGCAGGGCCUGUUCAGCUUAUUUCAAUUGAUGGUGCAUCUAAUGACAUUCCAGAUUCAAUGGAACAUUCCAGUUCUUCCAGUGCUGACAUUAAAACAGUUUACCAACUGGACACAAAUGGAGUGAUGGAUCUGGAGGCAAUAUUCCAAGAUGCUAUUGUCAUGAAAAAGCAUCAGACACCAAAUUCUGAACAGGACUGUGUGCUCUACCGCUACGGCUCCUUCUCCACACAGAUCACAGUUGCUGAGGGCAUUGAGGAUGUGCAGAUCGUCCAGGCGGCCAGUGCUUUUCUUGAAAAAAACGCUGUGGAUUUCAUCAUUUCCUGUCAGGGAAGUUUGCCUACAGACAUAUGCACUGUAGUAUCUGACUGCCAUUCUCCAGGCAAGACCAUCUGCAGUGCUAUAAACGCUUUACCCGAGUGCCAGCUCAUUCUCCGACAUGUGUUCAAUGACUCUGGCUUCUUUUGCGUUAAUGUCUCAAUGAGUAACAACAUCAGCCUUGCAGUCACUAGUGCCAGAGUAAAUGUAAUGAAUGGUUCCAGGUUCAUCAUCACAGGAAUUGUGGCUAUGGUGCUGGGUAUCCUGACUGUUACAUUAGCAAUAGGGACCUUUGCUUACAAGUAA